AUGCCUGAGGACGGACCCCCCAAGGAUAUCCCCGACGGUCUCAUUGAAGAGCUUGCCCUGCGCGCUUUCUUCCAUGACUACUGUGUAGUACCCGUCAACACGGCCCUAUCCCGGGGUUAUCUGGGCGGACUCGAACCUAUGGUCCACAGACUCGGUCUUCAAUCUCCCGUCGCAAACGCCUGCAAGGCCGUCGCCUUCGCGAGUCAUGGGCUGAAACUCUCGCGCCCUUUCCUAACCAAGAAGGGAGAGAUAUUAUACCACGAGCUGCUGGGUUCCUUAGCCCGGUCCAUUCAGAACCCCGCUCUUGGAGCUGGUCCGGAUAUCGUGGUCACUGCAGUACUUCUGGGGCUCUACGAGAUGAUCAUGGCGGGGGAGAGCAACCCCGGUCACCACAACGCGCAUGCCGGCGGCAUGGCGGCUAUCUUGCAGAUCGAAAAUAGUCCUUUGGGUCUCCUGCAGGCUGCAAGAGCAGGUCAUCCCCUGGUUCUUAACCGGAUGGUGCAGAAUAAUGGAAUGUUUAUUAGCCCUUCCCCUGGUGGAGGGGGCCAGAGUCUAGACACUAUAUUGGUGAAACUCGGGUCUCUCUGGCAGAAAUCUGAAACUCUUCUCUCUAACCCCCAAAUCCCGCUGUUUUUUGACGAACUGUACGCUCUUAGGGAAGAGACCACGGCGCUCAAUCGAGACCUCAUAUUGUGGCAGAAGGCCCAGAGUGACAAUUUCAAGCCUACAAAGGUUGGCUACUUGAGUCCCUCGCCGUAUCAACUCAGUCCCAGCGCGGGCUUCUGGCCAGGUCAAGUCGAUACCUACGUUGAUCUUUACGUUGCCGGUGUUUGGAACGUGUCCCGUGUUGCUCGGUGUUUCCUCAUCAACCUAAUUGUAAGAUUAUCCAACAUCUUAGACCCCACAAGCGAUCAUAGGCAAUAUCACAACGACGUUCGCGAACUGGUAGGGGAUAUCUUCGCCUCUAUUCCCUUUCACUUAACUGAAGAUCUGGGGGCUUUCGUGGCAAAGAGAGGCGCAAAUCCGGAGAUAGCCAACCCCGGACGACCCGUGGGAGGAUUGAUCCUCCUGCACCCGGUCUAUAUAGCCUCUCAGCUACCUGUCGUCCCACCUGAUAUGCAAGAGUACAUGAGGAAGUGUCUAGCCUGGAUCGGAAAAUACAUGGGGAUUGGACAGGCAUGUCUCCUUGCAAAGGCUCCACGAGUCGAGGGCCAGUAUUUUGCUUGCGGAUGUAUGCUUGUGUGGGCGGGGCUACUAAUUUGA